CUGAACACGAACAGUAGAUGUUCAGCUGUUGUCCAAAAUCAUAGGUCCUUUAAGGCUCUAUAAUAUUAACAUAGUUUAAUUUAAACAAUAACAAUGAAACGGUUAUCAAUUUUUGUGUUCCUCGCCGCAUUUUUCUGCACAAACGCUGAAGAUGGAUUUUUACCAUCGUUCAUCACUCCGUGUGAACUUUCGAAAGACAACUUCAAAAACUGUGUCAGAGAACAAAUCGUGAAAAGUCUUCCCCUGUUCGCAAAAGGAAUUCCAGAAUUGGGAGUCCCUUCGAUCGAUCCAGCUGAUUUGGACGACAUCCACAUUGACGGCAACGGUCUUAAGAUGACCUUCACCAAAGCCAAAAUGCACGGUCUUAGUAACAUCCAACUGACCGAUUUAACUAUCGACAUCGGCGAAAAAGAGGAGAAAUUCAAAUUGGACUUAAUUGGAAACUUGAGCGUUUCUUCUAUCUAUAACGCUGAUGGUAAAAUUUUGAUCCUGCCUAUCAAGGGAGACGGAGAUGCUAACAUCUACUGCACAAACGUGAAAGUCCAGAUCAACAGUAAAUUAAAUCACUUCAAGGACAGCAAGGGCGAACACUUCAAGCUGACCACGCCAAACUACAAAUACGACAUCGAGUCUACCAAAUUUGACUUCAAGAACCUGUUCAACGGCAACAAACAACUCGCGGAGACAACACUUCAAUUCGCAAACGAGAAUUGGCGCCAACUCAUGGACGAUCUCGCGCCGCCGGUCAUCAAGCAAAUCGUAAAGACCAUUGUCAAAUCCAUCAACAAGUUCUUCUCGAAGGUCACCAUCUCGAGAAUAGUCCGUGAUUACACCGAAGCUUAAGCUGUGAUAUUUCUACAACCCAGUAAAAUUAUCUGACGAAUAUAUUAUACCUAUUUACAUUUUGUCAGAUAAUUUUACUUUAGCGAUGGUUGUAAAAUAAUAACACUCCUAUAUAAACAUUUUAUUUAUUGUGAAGAAAAAAGUAGCCAGCAUUGUAUGUGAUAUUAAGAUAAUGUUAUAAAUUAAUAUUUCUCUCGUGACGUAUACUCAUUCUUAAUAAUAUUUCGGAGUUGAUAUUAUUUCGUUUUGUUAUAACCAAUAAGAUAAUUAACUUAAAAACGGGUCUCGCAUAUUUUAAAUAUUUAUUGCUUACAAUUAUAAAGCAGGUUUUGUAAUAAAAUUAUUCGAAUUGUAAAAGGGAAUAAAACAUUAUGAUUCUUAAA